AUGCCCGAGCCUGAUCCUGAUUCUGAUGAGGAUGAGCCUAUUCCUGAUGCAACCAUUCCUAAUGCUGCUGCUCCAGUACAGCAAGAGCCUGUCAUGCAUCCCUAUCAUGACAUGUAUAUGCAAGAAUUUCGUAGGUUGUAUGAAGACAAUAGGCGUUUUCAUCGUGAUUAUUCUGAACUUUAUGACGGUGUUUGUGAGAUAAAUACUGAGAUGGUGGAGUUUAGAGAAGAGUUUUAUACCUUUAGAGAUAAUCAACAAGCAUGCAACCAACAUGUGGAUUCCCUUGUGACCGACAUACAUAGGGUACUCUGCUUAGGUAGUCAACCCACAUGA